GACUGCAAGAGAUGGGGUUUCUUGGAGAAGAUGCAUCAAAUCUUAAAGUCGUAGACUGUUUACUGAGGUUGUUUGUGAUUCCCUUAAGUGUGGCCUCCAUAUGGCUGUCUGUCUCCAACCAACAGGAUAAUAGCAGUUAUGGGAGAAUUGAAUUCAGCAAUCUCACGGGACUCAAGUACAUGGUUGUCAUUAGUGCUGCAUCAGGUGGAUAUGCUCUUCUUACUGCUAUAUCUUUGUGGGUCAGGAGUUUAGUCACUAAAGCAUGCUUCUUCUUUCUUUCUGACCAGAUUGUAGCAUACUUAAUGGUUACAUCAUUGGCUGCAAUUGGGGAAAUUCUUUACUUAGCCUAUAAUGGUGACCAGAAGGUGACAUGGAGUGAAGCCUGCAGUUCUUAUGGAAAAUUCUGCAGUAGACUGAAGCUGGUUUUGGUUAUCCAUGCCAUCACACUUUGUUGUUUCCUUGUAUUAGCUGUGAUUUCAGCUUACAGGGUCUUUAGCAGAUUUCAGCCUCCUUAUGUUCCUAUUAAAGAGAAUGAAGAAGAAAAGGAAAUGCAUAAAUGAACUCAUUUGCCUGUUUCUACAGUCAACUAGUGUUAAUAGUUUUAGUAACAAAAAUUUCACAUACAUGGAUCAACCCUUGAUCAGUCCAUUUCAGAUGACAUUAUCUGAUAUUGUUGUUACCAUUUGUGAGUGGGCAAACGAUAUAACAUAAUCCAAUAUUUGUGUCAACCCUAUAUUGUUACCAUUUGUGAGUGGACAAACACUAUAUAUUUGUGUUAAUAUAGUGUUUGAUGAAUAAAAGUGUUUUCUUUA